AUAUGUUUUGACACUAUUCAAUGAUGGGAUGAGAAGUGUAAGGAAUUUUAGCUUUGACCGAGCAGCAGCAAGUGUUCUAACUACUUGUAUGACAAUCUGUGAGGAAGGAUAUUUAUUCUUGGGUUCACGACUUGGGAACUCCCUGUUACUUCGAUAUAUGGAGAAAGUAAAAGAUACAACUGCAGAAGAGAACAAAACAGAAGACAAGAACACACCAGGAGAGCCACCUACUAAAAGAAAGAAACUGGAAACUCUAGGAGAUUGGAUGGCAUCUGAUGUGGCAUUAAUAGAGGAUCCAGAUGAACUGGAAGUGUAUGGUACUGCUAUGCAAGCAACAAAACAACUUACAGCUUUCACUUUUGAGGUUUGUGAUAGUUUACUAAAUAUUGCUCCAUGUGGGCAGAUAUCUAUGGGAGAACCAGCUUUUCUGUCAGAAGAGUUCUCUGGAAAUCCUGACCCUGAUGUUGAAUUGGUCAGCACAGCUGGGUAUGGCAAAAAUGGAGCUCUUUGUAUUUUGCAGAGAUCAGUGAGACCACAAGUUGUCACUACCUUUGAACUUCCAGGAUGUGUAGACAUGUGGACAGUGGUUGCACCACCAGAAUCACCAGUGCAGGAAGUAAAGGAAGUUGAAGACAACAAGGAAAAAGAUCAAGAGAAAAAAGAUUCUGAAUCAACUGAUGAGGCAAAAAAAGAUGAACAGAACUUAGUUAACACUCAUGCCUUUUUGAUUCUCAGUCGAUUGGAUAGUAGUAUGAUUCUUCAGACUGGUCAGGAAAUCAAUGAACUUGAUCACAGUGGUUUUAGUACCCAAGCUUCUACUGUAUAUGCUGGAAAUAUUGGAAACAAUCGGUACAUACUGCAGGUAUCUCCCAUGGGAGUGAGGCUUCUUGAAGGAGUGAAACAGUUACAGCACAUUCCAUUAGAUGUAGGUUCUCCCAUUGUUCUGGCAUCUAUUGCUGAUCCAUAUGUAAUCAUCAUGAGUGCUGAGGGACUUGCCAUCCAACUUACUCUGAGACAGGAGCACAGUGUCUUUUUGGGAGUGUCAAGACCAAUGUUAGCUGCAGGUAAAUCUAAAAUUGUUACACUCUGCCUGUACAAAGACAUUAGUGGGCUCUUUAAUACAGCACCUCGACAAGAUAUUAAUGAAGAAGUUCAGCAGAAGGUAUCUAGUGCAAGAAGUACUGAAAUUAGAAACUCUUUCACAUUUGAAACAAGUGGAGUGGAUGAUGAAGAUGAACUAUUGUAUGGAGAUUCUACCAAUAAAGAUGGAGAUCUUGAUUCAGCAUUUCCACUUCCUUCUGUGAAAUCCCCCAGUGUUUCCAAGAUAUUUGAAGUUAUCGAAGUAAAGCCAACAUAUUGGUUGUUUGUUGUGAGGGAGAAUGGAGUAUUAGAGAUCUACAGUCUGCCAGAUUAUAAGCUCUGCUAUUUAGUUAAGAACUUCCCAAUGGGUCAGAAGGUGCUAGUGGACAGUGUCCAGAUGACAUUGGGCUCAGGCUGUGAUGAACAGCUUAUGGGCUGCAGCUCAUUUGUGAAAUUCAGCAAGAGAGCUCGAGUAGAUGAGGAAUUGCUUAUAUAUGAAGCUUUUCCAUUCUAUGAAACACAGACAGAAAACCACUUGAAGCUUCGUUUCAAGAAGCUCUCUCAUGGUAUAAUCUUAAAGGAAAGGAGAAUGUUCAAAGCUAGAAGAAAACCAGAGGCAGUGGAUCAGGAGAAAGUUAUUGAUCGUCAUUGUUCACUACGCUACUAUGGCGAUAUUUCUGGUUAUUCAGGAGUGUUUAUUUGUGGACCCUACCCACAUUGGCUUUUCAUGACCACUCGAGGAGAACUGCGCUCACAUCCAAUGGGAAUUGAUGGUGGUGUAUCGUGCUUUGCUCCUUUCCACAAUGUAAACUGUCCAAAAGGCUUUCUGUAUUUCAAUAAACAGGAUGAGCUCCGAAUUUGUGUUCUACCUACUCAUCUGAGUUAUGAUGCUCCUUGGCCUGUCAGAAAAGUCCCGCUUCGUUCCACCCCACACUUUGUUAGCUACCACCUGGAAAGCAAAACAUAUUGUGUAGUAACUAGUACAAUGACACCUUGCAGUUAUCUAGUUAGGUUAAAUGGAGAUGAGAAGGAAUAUGAGGUUUUAGAAAGAGGUAAGAUUAUUCUUAUCUUUUCAUUGGUUAAAACUUGUUGUGUAAAGUUUAAUUUUAUACAAAAUAAUGAAAUCUUAUGGUAUAUGUUGUUGCAGAAACAAGAAGCAUAUAUUUUUAUAUUAGAUGUUAUUGACGUUGUACCAGAACCAGGCCAACCUCUUACAAAAAAUAAAAUCAAAGUGGUUUACUGUAAAGAACAAAAAGGCCCAGUAACAGCAAUCUGUCAAGUUGGGGGUUUUCUACUUAGUGCCAUUGGGCAAAAGGUUUAUAUAUGGCAACUGAAAAACAAUGACCUGGCUGGAGUUGCAUUUAUAGACACUCAAAUCUACAUCCAUCUUGCCAUCUCCAUCAAAAACCUCAUCUUGGUUGGUGAUUUCUGCAAAUCUGUAUCUCUGCUUCGGUAUCAGGAGGAAAGCAGGACACUGUCUUUGGUCAGCAGAGAUGUUAAACCAUUGGAGGUAUUUGGAAUUGAAUUUUUUGUUGACAAUACACAGCUGGGAUUCCUAGUAACAGAUUCUGAGAAGAACUUGGUUCUCUACAUGUACCAACCAGAGGCUAGGGAAAGCUGUGGAGGGCACAGGUUAUUGAGAAAAGCUGAUUUCCAUGUUGGAUCCUCAGUCAUGACAAUGUUCAGAAUUCGCUGUAGGAUAGGAGAUAUGUGGAACGUGGACAGAAGGCAAGCUGCUAUUAUAGAGAAGCGACACAUAACAAUGUAUGCAACUUUGGAUGGGAGUUUAGGAUUUGUGCUUCCAGUUCCUGAGAAAACUUAUCGUCGUCUCCUUAUGCUACAGAAUGUCCUGGUCACCCACAUUCCUCACACUGCUGGUCUUAAUCCAAAGGCCUUUAGGAUACAUCGUAGUCAUCGAAGGUUCUUAGUUAAUCCUCACAAGAAUGUCCUUGAUGGUGACUUACUGUGGAAAUUCCUAAACCUCUCUGUACUAGAGAAGACAGAAUUGGCUAAGAAAAUUGGAACCACUACAGAACAGAUCACAGAAGACAUUGUGGAGAUCAGUCGCUACACUGCCCAUUUCUGAUCUUGGGUUUGAUAAUUGCUGGUGUAGAAGUUUUAGUCUACAUGUAUUUGUAAAUAAGACACUAAACUGAUAUUACAAAUAAAUUUUUCAACUUUUGUACCAAAGUAUUUAAUAUUAAAGUGGUUGUAAGUUGGUCAUUUUCUUCCUCAUGGAGAUAUAAUUUAACUAAGAAAUUGUAAUGGUCAAGUACCAUCAUUGCUAACCUACUCCUUACAACCUCAUGUCACAAACCUAUAUAUACUUUUCUUGCUAAGCAACAUGACAUAAAAGUCAUUGUUCGAAUGCAUUGUUACCAAAAUGCACUGGC